AAAUGCUUUAAUUUUCAGUAAUGUCCAUUCCAUUGCGAGGCAUCGUUCGUGUACAAAGGGCUCUCCUGCUUGCGCGCCAGGCGCCUCGUCUUUGCACUCCUGUGUCAACAAGCGCUGUCCGAUCUGCUAGCACACUGGAUGACGGAGCCAACAAAACACAUGAUCAUUCUCUCCAUUUUAAGCUUGAACGCUACUUCGCAGCUGCAAUAACGCCCUUGUUCCCUGCUGCCUAUUUCAUCCACGGUCCCGUCAUGGAUGCUUUGCUCACGGCGGCGCUAGUUCUGCACAUCCAUUGGGGAGUACAAGGUGUUGUUCAAGACUAUGCUCGCCCAUUUGUGAUUGGUAUUCCUCUAGCGAAGGCCGCUCGUGCGGGUGUAUACCUCAUCACCGCUGCUUUAUUGGCCGGUCUUCUCCACUUCAACACCAACGAUGUCGGGCUCACGAAGGCUUUCGAGAUGGUGUUCUCUUUGUAAUUCGAAGAAUAUGUGCUAGUGAUCUUUCGGUGUUCGCAUUCGGUGUAUUGUUGCGAUCGUUUGUCUCUUCAUGUGCAGAAUAUUUAGGAUGGUUUCGAUCUAUAGAUCAAUAGAGUUACUGGUAUAUUAGUGUAGUAUUCAAUAAAAUUGUUGGCUUACGCGAAUG